AUGCAGCUUCUCAGCAGUUUCCUGAAACUUCUUGUGGCUCUUGCGCUGCAGGCAUCACACACUCAGCAGUGGGACAGGUUCAGCAGAAACAGCACCUCAGAAGGGCAAGUCCUGCCCUUCCAGGAAGUUUGGGGCCGCAGCUUCUGUCGGCCCUUUGAGAUGCUGGUGGAUAUUGUGUCCGAGUACCCCAGUGAGGUGGAGCACAUGUUCAGCCCUUCCUGCAUCUCCCUGCAACGCUGCACCGGCUGCUGCGGAGACGAGACACUGCAGUGUGUCCCAGUGGAGACGGCCAAUGUCACCAUGCAGCUCCUGAAGAUGAAGCCAGCGGGGCAGGUGCCCUAUGUGGAACUGUCCUUUACAGAGCACAGGCAGUGCGAGUGCAGGCCUCGGCGGGAUACACUGAAGUCAGGAAGGAGGAGACCCAAGGGCCAAGGCAAGAGGAAACGAGAGAAGCAGCGACCUAAAGGCUGUGAUCUAUGUGCCAUUCCACGCAGGUAG